GCAAAGGCAUGAAAUACCUGGAGGAAGAGGACUGUAAAUUUCUCAUCAUAAUGGACUCGUUUGAUUGUUACCAAGCGCCCCUGGAUUGGGAGAAUGCUCCAGUAAUAAAUGACAAUUACACCCAAGCACAUCCGGACGUCUUGAUUGUGAAUAUCAUCCGAGGCACUGUGCUUCGUGGCGCCCGCAUCUGGAUCCUGGGGAGACGGGCAGCUGUCUCACAAAUACCAUCUCGACUCAUAGACGUUGUCACAGAAAUACAGGGCUUUAGUGAUGAGAUGAAAGAUGACUACCUGACAAAACGCUUUUGCGAUGCACAACAAGCAGCAGAUAUUGUGGCACACUACAAGCGCCUGCCAACACUCCAAAUACUCGCUCGCCAACCCUUUGUCUGCUGGAUGGUGGCCACUGUGUUCGAGCGCUGCUACCGUUAUCAGGGCUACGGGGUGCACCCACCCAGGCUGACGCCGUUCUACGUCAGCAUUUUGAUCGUCCAGACCAAUCGCAGGCUGCAGUUCUACUAUGGAAAGGCGGAUAAUGACCUAAAAUGGUCCAGUGAUGACAUGCACCUGCUGACAAAGCUGGGGAAGAUGGCGUUUAAGAUGCUGGAAAGGAACAUCAGUGUGUUCUGUGAAGAGGACUUGAAGGAGUACGGGCUGAAGUUGACGGAGGUGACGGUGUUCUCCGGCAUGUGCACUGAGCUCCCCACCGCAGCCUCAGAUGGAAGGAGGAUGUACUGCUUUAUACACUUCACCUUUCAGGAGUUCAUUGCCGCUCUGUAUGUCUUCACGAUGUUUCGCUCAGAGUCUAAGAACGUUCUGGACUCCGGGGUGUUGCAUAUGCCCAAGUUCUUCACGCCAAAGGAUCACACCAAAUCAGCAGUAGGGCUUGUCCAGUGUGCCCUGGACCGAACCCUCAGCUCCCCGCUGGGCCACUACGACAUGUUCCUGCGCUUUUUGUGCGGCUUGCUUUCCCCGGACUGCCAUGACAAUCAGCUGAGUGGGUAUCUCUUCCGCCACAAAGCGCCGAAGGUGGGGGGACUAGAUGAAGUGCAGCGGCUGCUGGAGCACAUGAUACUGACUGCUGAAGAAAAAUAUAAAGACCGAGUGGGAAACUUAAAGGAGUGCCUUAGAGAAAUGACCCAGGAAGAUGAGUGAGGUGGGUGAGAUCAUGAAGUGGUUGUUGAAGGCGUCCACAGGUGCACUGCUGUUCCAUGGUGGUGUUCCAGUCUGAUUAGCUUUUAAACCUGAAGUCCACUUCCAGGGGGGGGUUUGGCCAAAGAUGGACCGCUCCAGGCCGAUCCACGACCCAUUCUGCAUACUGGCUGUGUUAUUUAGCAGGAGCAAGUUCACUGCGUCCUGCACUGUCUGGUUGGUGAUUUGAACCAGGAUGGAGUUCUGGUUGAGGCAGUCCUCCAGAGCAUCGAUCCAGCUUUUAGGUGUGGGGUUGAACUGCAGACCUGCAUCUUGUAGGAAAUAAAGUUGACACUGAAAGUAAUGCA